GAUCCAGUUCGCGUUUGGUUUUUGCGUUUAAAUACAAACCCUCUGCUUGUUUGCAUUCCACAUACCUCCAAUAAAUCUCUCAUAUUACCUCCCCGUAUCCCUUUCUUCUUUAAUUUCUUCAAAUUCAAAAAAAAUAUAUAUAUAUAUAUGGCUCUGAAAGCCGUCCAUGUCUCCGAUGUUCCUAACCUCGAUCAAGUAACUGAAAAUGCGUCUCUGACGUUCAGUUCCAAAUGCUCACCAAAAGCAUCGAGGAGGCCAAAGUUUUUAAUGAUAGGGCACAGAGGGAAAGGGAUGAACCAGUUGCAGUCGAGUGAUAGAAGGAUGAGAGCCAUCAAAGAGAACUCCAUCGCCUCCUUCAACUCUGCCGCCAACUUCCCUCUUGAUUUCAUCGAAUUCGACGUUCAGGUGACGAAAGAUUACUGCCCUGUCAUUUUCCACGACGACUUCAUCGUCUCCGGAGAAAACGAUACUGUAGUUGAGAAGAGAAUAACCGAGCUGAGCCUCACAGAGUUCCUCAGCUAUGGUCCACAAAGAGAACCAGGGAAGCAAGGGAAAACCUUGCUCAGAAAAACCAAAGAUGGGAAAAUUCUUGGGUGGGAUGUUGAAACUGAUGAUUCCCUAUGUACUCUCCGAGAAGCGUUCGAGAAAGUCGAACCCACUAUGGGAUUCAACAUCGAAUUGAAAUUCGAUGACCAUAUUGUUUACCACCAAGACUAUCUCAUCCGUGUACUCCAAGCAGUCUUGCAGGUGAUUGUUGGGUGUGCCAAAGAGAGGCCCAUCAUCUUCUCAAGCUUCCAACCAGAUGCGGCCCUUGUUGUUAGAAAAUUGCAGGACACUUAUCCUGUAUAUUUCUUGACAAAUGGUGGGACUGAGAUUUACGAUGAUGUUAGAAGGAAUUCAUUAGAGGAGGCCAUAAAGGUGUGCUUGGAGGGAGGUCUGCAAGGAAUUGUAUCUGAAGUUAAAGGUGUUUUCAGAAAUCCAGGGGCAGUUUCCAAGAUCAAAGAAUCCAAUCUUUCACUUAUAACCUACGGAAAAUUGAAUAAUGUCCCUGAAGCUGUUUACUUGCAAUACUUGAUGGGGAUUGAAGGAGUGAUAAUGGAUCUGGUCCAAGAGAUUACAGAGGCAGUAUCUGAUAUGAUCAUUAAGCCAUCAAAGGAGGAGAGUUUGUGUGAUGAAAAGGUGGAAGUGAAAUCAAAACCACGGUUCUCUCAGCAAGAGCUUGCCUUUUUGUUGAAGCUCAUUCCUGAGUUGAUUCAGCUUUAGAACAAUUUCCAUAAUAAGCCAAAUUUUUUUUUUUCUUUUCACUAUUUUUUUUUCUUUUUUCCUUUUCUUUUUUCUUUCUUUACUUUGUUUUAGUGGUCAUACUUGGUAGGCAAUGAGGUUGCUGCCACACGAUCCAUUUGAAUUGAUGUACAUAUUUUGUUAAACUAUAGUUCCUUAUAAAAAUGACAAGCCCAAGUUCAUACGAAACAUGCCAUCUCAUUUGGGCUUUGUUUAAUAACAUGAUGCUUGACAUAAAGGUUGAGAUAAAUGCUCGGAAAAGCACUUUGAAAUUCGAAUUGUGGGUUUUUCUUUCUUUC